AUGAGAUGACAAAAAUAGCUUCUCUAGUUUUAGCUCUAUCAUUGAUAGUAAAUGAGUUCACGUUAUUGUACAAUGUUCAAAUCCUAAAAGACAAGUAUUUGGCAUCAAACUUGGUUUACCUUCUAAGUGUCUGCUUGCUGCUAAGAAAAGUGAACAUUUUCCCAAGAGUUUUCUGGAGGAAAUAUUCGCCGAUUUGCUUUUUAUUGGAAGUAAUCACAACAGUAGCCAUCCUAGAAUGUUCCCUGACCUACGUGUGGAAGUUCGUCCAAGACUACGUACUUCGCAACGCCGAUGGUCUCCUGGUACUUCUAGCGGAGAAGCAGAGCCUGGACUGGCUGGUGUGUCACUUGUGCUGUGCUAGAUCCGACUGCCCUGCUGUCUUUGCAGCCCUGGUACUCAGAGCUGUAAGCUUUGUACUUUUGAUGGGAUCUUGUAUGGUUUCUCAUGGGUAAAGUUUUGAUUUUUAUAUGUUGUUUUAUAAUAAAAUUCAUUAGUAACAAAAUUAGUUAACUUUAGUGGCUAGAUGAAAGUAAAACGUUUUCAAGCGCAUUUUUAUAAUUGGCUUGUCUCACAGAACUUCUAUGACAUUAAAGAAUUAUUAACUGUAAGGCCCGGCUAAACUUUGAGCAUUGUUUUGAGUUUUCUUUACUAUAAUUUGCAUGCUUGAUUCUCUGGCUAAACAUGUCUGAAACACUAUGAAUAUUCCAUCUUUGUAUACCAUGUUUA